AUGGUCGUGCGUCUGCGCCUGGCACGGCAUGGCACGAGAAACAAUCCAUUCUAUCAUGUGGUAGCGAUUCAAAACACAAAAGCUCGCGAUGCUAGACCUAUCGAAAAGCUCGGCGAGUACGAUCCUGUCCCGCGCCCUCUGCGAAGUGUCUUACCCAACCCGGUACGCCAACGCUUGCAGGACCGUCCCGGUUACAAUGGCCAAGUGAUCACGCCGGGUAUCAGUACGCAGCCUCGACUGGAAAAACGCCUUGAAUGGAAUGAGGAUCGAAUCAGGUAUUGGCUUAAUACUGGCGCACAACCUAGUAAGCCAGUUGCUCGUCUUCUUGACAGGGCUGGACUGAUCCCCCCCGAAAAGCGAGCUAUGUACAAGGGUCUAUUUCACCCGCCGCAGCCGACUGUUGGAAAUGAUUUGGAAGGUUCGACGCAGGAACACCGCGGGAGCACAUGA